CAAUAGAACCUUCCCUUGUUAGUUUUCAUAAUAAUUUGUAGAAUUUUUUUAUGAAAAAUAUUGGAAGUCAUCAAAAAUUAACCAGAUUUCUUGUCAUCGACUAAUGCAAGGAUGGUUCUGACUUAAACUAUUUUGGUUGGUCCUAUUCAACAUGUAAAUCGCUGUUUAAUCAAAAUUCAAAUUUAUUCUUAUUAAAUUGCUGAUUUGUUGACUGAAAUUUUGUAAAAAAAAUAUUAUGCUUUGCCAUCUAGUUUCAAUAAAUACAACUAACACUUCAGUACUGGACCCUUCCCAACACCAACAUGGCAGCAAUAGUCACUGUUACAUAGAGUUACUCCGUAAACUGAUUUUUUGUUUGCAGCUGAAUAAAAAGUGAACUCACUAACUUAAAUUCACUUAUUCCAAAUUAAUUAUUUCUACUGUUUAAGUAAUUUAUCGAACAAAUUUUUAUUAUUUACUAUUAAUCAUGGGUAAAGGACGAACACACAAAGGAGGACGUCGUCAAUUCACAAAUCCUCAGGACAUGGUUGCUAAACAAGAGAAAGAAGAAAAAGAGAGAGAAUGGAGAAAACGUCGCGGUGAAAUUGAAAGUAGCUCUGAAGAGGAAGAGGAAAGUGAUUCGGAGGAAGAAACGUCAAGCGAAGAAGAAGGCGCAGCUGAAGGCGGAGACGAUGCUAAAAAAACUACUGAACCAUUGAUUGAAGUGAAUAAUCCUAAUCGACUGGUUAAAAAGCCAAACAAGAAAGAUCUAGAGAGCUUGGCUAACGCUAAGGUCGAGCUAUCACGACGUGAACGAGAAGAGCUUGAGAAGCAGUUAGCCCGUGAACAUUAUGCUAAACUAACAAUGGAGGGUAAAACUGAACAAGCCCGUGAAGACUUGGCACGAUUGGCUGUGAUUAAAAAACAAAGAGAAGAAGCUGCAAAGAAACGAGAAGAGGAAAAGCGAAUCAAAGAAGAAGCUAAAACUAAGGCUGCCGCUGAUAAAAAAGUUGCAACAAAAUCAGUUUCCGCUUCUGUCACAGUUGCAUCUUCCAGUGAUAAAGGCAAGGGUCGUAAAAAAUAAUAACUUCGGCAUGAUUAUUUUGAUUUUUUUCCUUGAUUGUGAAAUUAUAUAGAAUAAAUCUGCAAAGAAUUUCUGUAUUAUUUAAAUUAAAAAAGCGUUUUGUUAAGAAAGAAAA